AUGAGAGGAAAGAGGAAGGAAGAUCGGAAGGAAGAGGAGGAGGAGGAGGAAGCAGGGCAGGAGGAGGGAGGAGAGAGGUGGAAGGAGGAAGGGGAAGAGGGAGGACGGAAGGAGGAGGGGGGAGAGGAGGGUAGGAAGGAUAGGAGGGGGAGGAAGGGGAGGGGGGGGGAGGAAGGAGGGAGGAGACGGAAGGAGGGAGGGACGAGGGGAGGGAAGGAAGGGGGGGGAAGGGGGGGAGUGGAGGAGGGGAAGGUGGGGCAAGGGGAGGAAGGGGUGAGGAAGGGGAGGGAGAGGAAGGAAGGAUACUAG